AUGCUUACAUCAGCUGUGCGAGGCUUUGACAGAGGGGAAUUGGGGUUUGGACAUAGAGUCCAGUUGGCAGAUAUGGUGAGGCACAGCGUGAUGACGGAGCUGCAAACCUUCCAGCACUCUCUCCAGGGUAACUCCCUGGCUCUGGGCCAAGUGGGGCAGAGUUGUGGGGGAACUCAGGAGAACGGGGUCGCUUCAGAGGAGAGACAGCACUUUUCCCAAGGCCCAGCAGAAAUUGAGAAAAGCCAGCCAGUGAAUAUCCCCGAUGCUGCGAAAAGAAAAAAGAAGAAAAGAACCAGAGCGACGGACAGCUCCACAGGCACUUUUGAUGAUCUCUACAAGCUGACAGAUGAGGUGCUAGGUCAAGGGGCUUAUGCUAAAGUUCAAGGAUGCAUAAGUCUGCAGAAUGGACAGGAGUUUGCUGUGAAGAUCAUAGAAAAAAGUGCAGGACACAGCCGCAGCAGAGUCUUUCGAGAAGUGGAAACACUCUAUCAGUGUCAAGGAAACAAAAAUAUUUUGGAGUUGAUCCAGUUCUUUGAAGACAGCUCCUGCUUUUAUUUGGUAUUUGAAAAGCUGCGUGGUGGCUCCAUUCUUACUCACAUCCAGAACCGGAAGCACUUUGAUGAGCUGGAGGCUAGUAAGGUGGUCAGGGACAUUGCCCAAGCUCUCGACUUCCUACACACUAAAGGCAUUGCACAUAGAGACCUUAAGCUGGAGAACAUCCUUUGUGAAUACACUGAUCGGGUGUCCCCAGUAAAAAUCUGUGAUUUUGACUUGGGAAGUGGAGUGAAGCUAAGCAGUGCCUGUACGCCCAUAACGACUCCAGAGCUCACUACACCGUGUGGCUCAGCAGAGUACAUGGCUCCAGAAGUCGUGGAGGUGUUCACCGACGAGGCCUCCUUCUAUGAUAAACGCUGUGACCUCUGGAGUCUCGGGGUCAUCCUCUACAUCCUGCUGAGCGGCAGCCCGCCCUUCACAGGACACUGUGGCACCGACUGCGGCUGGGACCGUGGAGAAACCUGCAGGACCUGCCAGAGUCACCUGUUUGAGAGCAUCCAGCAGGGCAAGUAUGAAUUUCCUGACAAGGACUGGGAUCACAUCACUGAGGGGGCCAAGGAUCUCAUAUCCAAGCUGCUGGUUCGGGACGCAACCCUGCGCCUCAGUGCUGCUCAGGUCCUCAAGCACCCUUGGGUGCAAGGGAACGCUCCAGAGAGAGGUCUUCCAACUCCUCAUGUUCUACAGAGGAACAGCAGCACCAAAGACCUGAGCCAGUUUGCAGCAGAAGCCAUCGCCUUCAACCGACAGCUAUCGCAGCACGACGAGCAGCAGGAGGAUGUGGGAGCCAUCGUCUGCUCCAUGAGGCUCUCCCCUCCUUCCAACUCCAGACUCGCCCGCAGACGGGCGCAGUCCAACGCUCUGCGCACCGGGGACUUCACACCCGCAUCAGAUGACCUCACAGACUGAAGGCCAGGCACCAGUCCCCUCGUCGUGUUUUCUGACUGAUUCUAGCCUCUGCCUGCUCCUUGUGUGUGUGUUUGUACUCACAGGGAGCCUCAGAUCAGCCAAACGGUAUCAGUAGUGACUAACUGUUCCUGGUGUUUAAGCUCUUUCCUAUGGCCAGUAAUCCUAUCACCUCUGCAGAGCUGAGCACCGAGGGGACAGUUAAUCAUCAGCUACAACCUCCUAAUUAAGUUUUAACUCCUGAGAUUUGUCCAGGAAGUGUUUUAAGCUGCCUGACGUUUAAACAAGGACUGUUUCCUUUUAGAAUAGCGUGUAGUAUAAAAUAGUUUACUUUUUAUAGUUAGUCUUAACUAGAGCCUGACCGAUAUGGGAGUUUUGAAUCCGAUAAGGAUUUUAAAGGGGAUGAUAAAUGUCAAUUGCGCACCGAUCUGAAAAUGAUAUUUAACUUUAUUAUACAUUAUAAAUACAAUGUAAUGUAUGUCAACCAAUUCUAGUAAUAAAAACAAAUAAAUAAAGAUAAAAUAAAUAGCAGUCAAUUGCUGACCCUUUUAAAUUAAGAAAUAAAAUAAAUAACUAUAUGACAUCAGUACUUAAUCACCCUAAGCAUCGUUUGCUGCAUUUUAUGUCUAAAAGUUUUCAAAUCGGUGCAUAUCCAAAACUACGCCAGUUAUACUGAUAUGUUUGUGAUAGGCCAAUAAGUCGGUCAGGCUCUGGUCUUUUAACGGACUCUUUUAUUUUCUUAUCGAUGAUUAUAACAUGUGCGAUGACCUCAAAGCAGCAGAAACCGCUCUUAACGCCAGCAGUUUAUAUUACAUAAUAUAAUCAUCAACACAGCAUUACAUGGGUUUCAGCACAGUUUUGCAGCUGUUGCUGUCCAAAUGCAAUAUUUUAAUAUUUAAUUUUUCAUGUCUGAAUCUGUAUUGGUUAAUUUUUUUAUUUAAAUGCUGCAUGUUGCUUUUCAGACACUGGAAGAAAGGAGCGAGUUCUCGUUUUAUUUUUUUUAAUUUAUUUUUUGCUUUUUCAAGCGUGUCCGUGUAUGUGAUUUGAUGCGUGGUGAUGUAUGCGGUUUAAAGGAUAAAAAAUGGACUACACUUCAGAAGAGACCGUCCGUCUCUGGAAAACGCCUUUUAAAGCCAUUGUUGUCGUAGUUACGUAGAGCUUACAGAAAGUGCAGGUAUGUGACCGGAUGUUGGAGAAACCCCUUUGAUCAAAUAGUCUUGUAUUUCUUAUCAUAUCUAGCUUUCACUUCAACUCAGGCUACUUGUAGCACUUUAACAUAAGUCACUUACUUAGUUUAUCUCAGAGGGAGAAUAUUGUACCAUAAAUAACAAGCUUGCUCCAACAAUGUGAAAUUGAAAGCCUACAGUAAUAAUUAUCUUUGAAGUGGUUUUUAACUCUAUCAUCAUUAGAGUCCAACAUUACCUCAAGCCCUUUUUUUUUUAAUUUUUACACUUUGUCUUUGCACGUUUUGUACUGUACCAAUGUAACGCCAUCCCAAAAAUGUUUCUUCUUGUCUUAGUGAUUUGAUCUCAGUGUUUUUAGUCUGAAACACAUGAAAUGUGAGCAUUGCAUAUGUUAUGUAGCUAAUGAGACUUAAAGACGGUUUAUAAAAAGUUGAUGUUACACUUUGUAGUAACAAAGAGGAUUCCAUUCUGGGGUUGAAGGGAUUUAUUUUUAUACAAGUAUUUGUAUAUUGUUCAGUUUUAUAGUUUUUGGUGCUGUGACUGGCUCUAUAUGUGCCAAUGGGAUGAAUAAUGGAGUGACCAUGCUAAGACUUCCGUCUUAAAUUUCCUUGAGUCCAUCAGGUUGCUGAUACUUUUUUUUUUUUUAAAAGAAAUAUUUUUACUUGCUCUUUGUUUCUCUCAUUAUGGACCCUGUCUGUGUUUGAAUGGGGUCACUGAUUGCAGUCUUUCACCUCUAUUUCCCCUCACUCUAUUACCUUUAUGUGUGCCCCGCUAAUGACACGUCCCCUGACUUCACACUGUUUCCAUGGACACCCCAUCCCUAUAGCAACAAAGGGCCUUCACAGGCUGGCAGGAUGUGACGGAGAUUUGCUCAGAGCGAACACACACAUUAGAAACAACGACUUGCUAUGUUAAAGCCCCCUCACUCCCUUUAUGAAUCAUAAAAGGACGUGUUUGUUUUCUCUCAUUAAUGUAACAAUAUAAUUGGUGUGUGAUUAUGGAAACAAAUUGAAAUUUUUCAAAGCUCUUAUGGGGUCUGAUGCAUAAAGCUCUCAAGUGUUGGAGCAAAUUCCCCCUCGUAUGCUGUGUCCUCAAUAAAAAGAUCCUAAACAUC